AUGGGUGAGCGCUCAGAAGAGCAAGGGAGUCCUCUGGGGUCUGGGGGUGGUCAGCUCUCUGGGCCCCCAGGAACAGGAGGCUUGGUGGGAGGCUCCCUGGCCAACGGUAGCCUCCUCCUCCCUCCAAGUGCCAGCCAGGCAGGCCCAGAGCCUGCAGUUAAACAAACACCUUACGGAGGUGACUGCAAGUUUGGGGCGAGGAGUGGGCGGGAGGGCAGGGGGCUGAGACAAAGAUGUGGUUAUGGAAAUCGAGAUUUUCACAGCCCACUUCAGCUGGGAACUUUGGGGGAAUGCAUCUAA